UCUGCUAGCUUACUUAAAUCAAAGCUGAGAACAGUUAAUGCCCAAGGGGAAGCUCGGAAUUUGUUGAAAUCCCUGACGCCAGCCACUGUUGUACUACCAGUUUUUUUUAAGUUUCUGUUGGGUUUAGAUCCUUUCCUUUGCAAUGAGUUUCAGAAUGUUAUUUAAUCCAACCCAUUUGGCAGUCUGGUUAGCAUAACUUUUUUUGCUGGUAGUGCCACUGCUCACUCCCGGGGGACCUGCAUUUUGUAAGAAACGUGUGGUGGUGGCACUGUUGUGUGCAGUUAGUUCUGGUGUCUGUCUUCUUGCAGCUGUGUAACUGAAUGGGAGCGAGUGUCGUCAGCAGCUGUGAGUCAGUAGGUAACUCCACUCCAGUGUUUCUCAGGCAGUGCUGCAGUGAAAGUGCAGCACACUGCUCCUCUCCAUUGUAACCUUUCCAUGGCUCUGCGUUAAGCACUACUUUCAGCACAUAUAAGUUACACCGGAACUACAGCCUGCUUUAGAUUCUCGCUAUCUCAUUCCUCACACUGGGGGGAUAUUUGUGCCGUUGUGAGGCGACCGUCGUGUUUUCUUCCAUAGCUGGAACAACUUUCUCCUCCUCCUGGGUGAAGCACGGCGCCGUAUCCCAAGUCAGUAGUGGAGUGCACGAAAAAGUGAGUUCAGAGCAGUCCGACGGCGGGAAUGGCUUCUUCUCCUUCAGGCGGCAGUAACGGGGGCACUGUGUUCGGCAGCCUGGAUUACUCAGCGGGGCUGGAGAUAAAAACUCGUUCCGUGGAGCAGACCCUUGUCCCACUGGUCUCUCAGAUCACAACUCUUAUAAAUCACAAAGACAAACCAAAGAGGUCAGAAAAAACUUUGCGUGCAAUCCAGAGGGUGGGACAAGCAGUUAAUCAGGCUGUUGGACGAUUUGUUACAGUUGGUGAAGCAAUAUCAAAGGAAAAUGAAGAAUUAAAGGAGGAAAUGAAUAUUGCAUGUAAUGAGGCAAAGCGAGCAGGUGAAAACAUUGCAGUGCUAACUGAUGUGAGCACCUUUGAUCAGCCUGAAUCUGAUGGCCGGUCAGGAGUAUUUGCAGACAAAACUGGAAUGAUAAAGGCUGCCAGACUGUUGCUGUCUUCAGUUACCAAAGUCUUAGUGCUGGCAGACAGAAUUGUUGUCAAACAGAUCAUAACCUCCAGAAACAAGGUUCUUGCAACUAUGGAGCAGCUGGAAAAAGUGAGCAGUUUUCAGGAGUUUGUGCAGAUAUUUAGUCAGUUUGGAAAUGAAAUGGUGGAAUUUGCACAUCUUACAGGAGAUCGGCAAAAUGAUCUCAAAGAUGAAAAGAAGAAAGCAAGGAUGGCAGCAGCUCGCGCAGUACUGGAGAAGUGUACGAUGAUGCUUCUCACAGCUUCAAAGACUUGCUUAAGGCAUCCUGACUGUGAAUCAGCUAGAAUAAAUAAGGAAGGAGUCUUUCACCGAAUGAGGUUGGCUCUGGAACAAGUGAUUGAGAUCGUUACUGAUGCAAGGCCAAAUGGAGAGGGAGAUAUGCCGCCAAUCAGCAUUUAUUCUGGGAUCCGGGAACUCAAAUGCAAGAUAGAAAGUUUGCGGGAGAAUCGCUACGGAUUGUGCAAAGAAACUCUUUCAGCUAUGUUGGAGCUGAUUCUGGAACACACUGAGGACUUUACAGACUCUGCUUAUACAAGUCACGAACACCGCGAGCGCAUUUUAGAACUUUCCAGCCAGGCAAGGCUAGAAUUGGAAUCACUCAUUUCUGUCUGGAUGCAGUUGCAAAGCUUUAAUAAUAAGGAAAUUGCAGAAGACAUGGAACUAGCCAUAAUUAGGAACUGCCAGUGCCUAAAUGAGUUAAGGAGAGAGCUCCACAUUGCAGCAAUGACUUUAUCAGCAGACCUUCUGAAGCUUCAUGCAGAUUGUGUAACCCUCAAAACGCUGAAAAUCGCUGGUGCUGAUGGAAACUUAGAAGCCGUCGCAGAACUCACUUGCAGACUAUCAGAGCAGAAGGAACAGCUGGUAGAGAUAUGUCGACUACUAAGGCAUGUUUCAGGAACUGAACCUCUAGAAAUCACAUGUAUUCAUGCUCAAGAUACAUUUCAAGUUAUCGGUCCACAGAUCAUUUCUGCAGCCCAGACUCUGGCCAUUCAUCCAUCUAGCAAGAUUGCUAAAGAAAACCUAGAUGUGUUCUGCGAGGCAUGGGAGUCUCAACUAAAUGACAUGUCAAUUCUUAUAAGAGAAAUUGGAGAUGUAUUUGAAGGAAGACGAGGAGAGAAGCGUACCUAUCUUUCACUGCCUAGACCAGGGAAACACAGUGUAAAUCUGAAAACAGUAAAACCCGUACAACUAGAUUCUGAGGAACAAGCAAAAGUUGCUAAAUUAGGCCUGGAACUCCGCCUUCUCACGUCUGAUGCAGAUUCAGAAACUGAAAAAUGGGAAGACCAGGAGAAUGAAAUAGUACGACAAGGACAGAGUAUGUCCAGCAUGGCAUAUUCGAUGUAUCUGUUUACUAGAGGUGAAGGUUUGCUGAAGACUACCCAGGAUUUAUUUCAUCAAGCAGAGAUUUUCGCUGAAGAGGGUUUGAGACUAUCUUCAUCCCUUCAUAUUUUCUCUAACCAGUUGGAAGAAGAGGACAAAACAAUCCUUCUUAAUGAGUUAGAAAAGCUUCCUGCCAUUUGUCAACAACUUCUUGUCACAGCUAAGUCACUGGUACAGGGCAAAUGUCCUACAUUCAUGAAGGUUGAUGCUUCCAUUCAGAAAACAAAAGUUGUAAUGAAUGUCCUCCUACAAAUUCUUCCUGUAUACUACAAGUUUAUGAGGAAGUACAAAUCAGGAAAAGUGAGCCUUGGAUCUCCACCAAGCUGGAGAGACAGAAGACUUCCAAAGGGUGUUAGUGAAGACAGCAUUGAUGGAAAAAAUGCAAAUUCCUUUGGAGUAAAAUCCUUAGAGCAGCAUAUGGCAAAUAUGACUUUUCUAGAAAGCAAAUGACUGCACUGCUUCAGAUGACAAUUAUUUGCAACAUGAGUGCUUCACCAUGGGUGACUUGGAGGUGGAGUCAGAAAUACUGCAGUCAAGUUUGAACAGAAUAUUUAUUUAUUUUUUCUGGUAAAUGCUGUGGUACUUUAAAGGAACAAUCAUACCAUCUUGUACUAGAUUGCUGUAAGGUUUUGCUGUAAGGUUUUAAUGUGAUACCAUCCGAAUUUUCCUUACUGUUCAUGUAACUCAUCGGAAACAUCUAUAUGAAAGUUUUGCUAACAGGAAAAAACCCAAAGAUGCUGCUCUGGAUGGAUUGCUCAGCACAGAAUUACAGUGUUUAAGGCAUUGUUUGUAAGCUGCUGUUGAAAUUUAAAAAUAUAUUGUAUUAUUUUAAUAUUAUGUGCCUCAAAGGCCUACAUUUUGUAUCAUAGUUAAGCAGUGCAGUGUCUGCCCUGUAGAGAGAGAAAAAUCUAAAGUAAAGAAAAUAGUUUAUCUAUUUUUUGAAAUGUUUCACUUUGCAGAGUGUUAAGGUAAUAUACAUGAACACAGAGCUGGGGGCACUUUGCUUACAAGAAUAUUUCUUUGCAAGACAAAGUAUUCUGUAUGGGACAUCUGAAACACACGUACCAUAUAUUAAUGAUAAACUUAACAUACUUCUUUAAAAGAAGGUUCUUAGUUUAACAAACAUGAUCAUUCUUCUUAAACAUUUCUUAUGCCUAUUAAGGCAAUACCAUAUUAAAAAAUGAAGUACAUAUAUCAAGGUUGUUGGUAUAGAUAAAUGUAAACAAAUUAGAACACUAGCAGAACCCAGGCAUCAUAGUCAGAAUAACUGGAUUUGCCUUCUUUUGCUGAAAUAAUUUGCUUUAAAGCUAGCAUCAGGAUUGCAUCUGAGACAUUUCACUUGCAUUUGUGUUCAUAUUUUUUCAUAUAUGCUAUGCAGGUAGCAAAUAACUGAUUUUGCAAACAUCUUGAUGCAUUUACAUUUUUGGCACUUUUCUGACAAAAACAAACCUGCAUUAAAUUACAGAACUUGUAUAUCUGAGGCUUGAGAUAAUGGUUCAGAUGGUCUGACUGUAGUUGAGAAUACAUACACAUAUUUGAAAUAAGUAGAUUCCUGAAAAUCCGGGUGUUAGUAUCUUAAAGUUAUCUUCCCCAGAAUGUUUUUGCAGCUGAAAUUAUAGCUUUUCUUUUAUAUUAGGCAUUUACUUUCUUGGCAUAGUAAGAAAGGUAUGUUGACUUAGCAUGACCUAAUUUAGAUAUAAAGCAGAUAUGCUGCACAGAUGUGAAUUUUUCACUCCUAAACCCACCAUCAAGGCAGUUGGAAAUCAAAACAGCAAGAGAAAAAUAAUCAGUUUAUAUAUGACACAAAAACCUGCAUAUUUUUUCAUUUAGCACAUUUGUGUUUUAAAGUUAUCUCCAAAUGGUCUGUGAGGACUGUAAACAGUGAUGUGCUGGCCUGCAAGAGGAGACAUUUUGAUUUGAUUUUACUUACUCUGAAGCAAAUUAAUACCCAUAAUACACUCUGGCUGCAGUAUAGAUAGUGCCCUGGCAUCUUUUUGUAGCUCCUUGUUACCAUCAACCCCAUUUUCCCACUUUUUUUAACCUCGAGUUAGGGUGCUGCAUGAACUGUAGUCCCCUCUCGAGUCAGAGCUGGAAGCAUUCUUCUACCUUCUUUGACAGUCAUGCCUGACCAUCACUGCAAGCCACCCCUCCCUUGGCUGAUGUCCUUGUUUCCUCUUGCCCUCUUCCUGUCUCUGAAAGUUCCUUUACCAAAUCAUCUGCUUUCCUGUACGUGACUUGAAGCACCUUAAUCUAUUUUGCUUGGCCUUCUCUUCAGUCUGAUGUCCUUAUUUGUUGAUCCGUCCCAUGUGUAUCCUACUACCCAUCACCUCAAGCUUCCACAGCUGUUCUUUCUUCAAUGCCCAGAGUAUCUGUGCCAUACACAGGCAGUAAUCACACCACUGAUUUGUACACCGUGCUUCUUUGGCAUUCUUCUGUCACACACUACCCCUAUCAGUUUCUGCCAGUUGUCUGCAGCCCCUCUGAUUUUAGCUCUGACCUCCCCAUUCAGACUUCCUGUCCUCAAACACACUUCCCAUAUAAUUGAAGCUGUUGAUCUGUUCCACUAUUUUCUCUUCUGUUCUCAGUUUUCAGCUUCUUUUAAUUUCCCCCUGUAUUUGCCAUGAUAGUUGUUUUGUCAGUUUCAUCCUGUGUGCCUUUAAUUUUGCAUUCCAGUCCCUUAUCAUUUACUAAAGUUUCUGUUUAUAAUCUGCUUGUAGUGCUACAUCAUCUGCAUACUAUUUAUACUUUUGUCAUUGGGUUCAUAUACACAGUCUGCACUAAUUCUACUAAUGUUUUGAGGACUUCAUUUCAUUGGAGAACUGUCUAAAUCAUUUUUCUUGGGACCUUGUCAUAUGCUUUCUUCAAGAAUAUUCAUUUGGACUCUUUCCUCACCUCCAUCUUCCUCUCCACUGCAACCAUUAGGUUGAUUGUAUUGCAUCUUGAUCUGAAUUGCUCAAUCCCAUCUUACUUUCUGCUACUCUGUGUUUUCAUCAUUCACCCUCUCCAACACAUUCAUGCUGUAAGUUUGAUACUCUGUAUUGCCUAAAGUUCCAAGUAUCCAUUUUGUUCUUGUGCACUGGCACUUGUUCUUCUUUCGGCUUUUCCCAGUUAGGGGUCGCCACAGCAGAACUCUAGUCCACUAAUUAUUGGCAGUAGUUUUUACUGUUCCGAGGUGCCAGAUCGAUGCCCAACCUUCAAUGAAGGCACGUCCAUUUACGCAUGUCUUUCGAACGCCACUAAGAGUGCAUAUUUUCCAGUCUUAUGGGAUAUGCCCCUCUCACUCCAUACGAUUACAACUAGCAUAACGAGACAUUUUUCCCUAAAUGCACCCAACAGCUUCAUAUGUGCCAUGACUUCAUUUGAGCCUGCUGCUUUCUUUUACUUCAUUUUCCUUAGAGCAUUUCUUACUACAUCUACAGUGGCUUUUCAUUCCUUUUUGAUUGUAAGCUUUGUGUGUGGCAGUACUGCUUGGGGCUUUCUUCUUGUCAAAAGUACUUAUACUCAUUUCAACUGCCCUUGAUAUCCUCUGGGCUGGUGAACAGAUUGCUGCUAGUGUCCAUAAUAAAUGGCAUCCCUCUUUAUCUUUCUGUCAUUGCUUAUACCUGAUGGAACAUCUUUGUGCCCCCUACUGAGACUAAGGCUCUGCCAGGCAGAACUGACCAAGGUAAAACAAACCCAACUGCAGUGAAAAAGUGUUAACAAAAUUAGUAGCAACUCCAGUAGAGUUAGGACUAGAUAUAGUACUUUUUUCUUCAAAACCUAUGCUGAAAGUGCAGAAUCUGCCACACAUUUCCUCUACUAGUAGUCAGUUUUGGACUGUCACAGGUUCUGAUUUCCUGGUUCUGGCACCAUUAUAUUCAAAAUGCUGUCUCUUUUUACUGUUUAAUAGCAAGAUGGAAAACUAGAACAUUUUAUCAAAGGUCCACUACUGUUGGUCUCUGACCUACUGGUAUAAAUACAAUACCAGAAAAGGUUGCCCUUGAAAUUGUUCCUUGUGUUAAAAUACACCUUUCGUAACUAUGCUGGACUUAGCUGCUUUCAAAGAAAAAAAUUAUUCUUUUUAUAGUCCUGAAUGCCUCUAAACUAUUUUAUGGUUCUUUCUUUUUCUAUCAGAUUUAGCAACUUCAGUCUAAAAUCUAUUUUUUUAAACUUAGUUACUUGGUUUAUCUUUCAAAACCUGUAUUUUACCUUCUAUUUCCACGUUGUCUGUAAUUGCAUCCUCACAUAUAAACUCCAAGACAUUGAGAACCAACUGAUUCAAUUUUUUUGCCACUGAGAUUGAAAAUCUUCCUGUCCUUAUCUUAAAUGCAUAUGUUAUACACUUUCAGCCCUUGAGGCGCCAUCUUCAAAUACACUGUAAACAUACAACAUUGUUGAUACUAGCUCCUGGCAUGUGUGACCAAUGUCUACAAACUACAAUUUCAGUUUUCAAGUUUAUAGAGUUCACAUUCACACCAGGAGGAAUAAAUGGAUCAGCAGUUGAGCUAGGCACUCUUUGGCACAUAGAGGUUUACAUCUCCAUAUUUAUAUAAACAUGUCUCCAUUCUGUAGCAUUACACCAACACUGCAUCAUACCCAAGAAAGUGCACAGCAAGACAGUGACAUAGCCAGCUUGAGGAACCUUAUGCCUUUCUUUAAUCUGGCACCUUUGCAACUUUAAUUUGAGGAGGAAAAAAAGGAAAAAAGAAAUAAAGAAGAACAAAAGGAGAGUAGAAAACUGCUUAUUACAAAUGUAAAAAGAGGUUUGCUACAGCUAGACAGCGUGAUGACACACACAGAGCACUCUGACCCUGACUGAAAAUGUAGUAUUGGCAUUCAUUCAUUCAUUUCUGAAUGCUACUGUUGCACUAGACCACAGACUGAGCUCUGCAGUGCUUCAAACCUGACUGCAAAUUCAGUAUUGGCAUUCAGAUGCUGUAUACCAGAACUGAUGAUUGUGCCUGCUGACAUCUUGCACCCCCUGGCAGCUACAUCACCCCCCCACACACACACACACACUUAGCAGUGCAUCUGCAGCAAGCUGCAAUUCCAAUAAUGUCCACAAAAAAUAUCAAGCACAAUUGACCAUAGUAAAACCUAUUGUUUGAUAACCCGAUAACUUGGUCUUUUAUAACCACAAAAAUUCUGAAUACAGUUUACAGGAGUGCGUAAUAAUCAAGAAACCUGGAGUAUAUCAGUGAUUAUAGCUGAGAAUGACUAGCAUUUUCAGGAGAAUUUUUUUUUUUUGAAUAAUGGAUUGAAAGAACAAAGGUCUUUGUUAGGUGGGAAACUUUCCUAUAAAUGGUCCUAUAUGCCUUAAUAGAAACUAAAAAUAGAUUUGGAAGUUGUCCUUGGUUGUUGUUGCAUUUAAAUUCAUUAACUGGAGUUGAACACUGAUACUUGUGGGACUUUUUCAGGCUCAGUCCACAGGGCACAGUAUUAAAGGAGAAAAUGUAUUUAUAGCUAUGGACACUGACAGUGUUUAUAAAGAGAGUAUAAUUUUGGUUAUAUAAUGGAAGUAAAACAAGGACAUUGUGAAAAAAUAGAAAAAAAUGUGUGUGUGUGUGUGUGUGUGUGUGU